GCAACCACACUGCAACCUCGGGAAGAUGUUCCGAGGACUUUAACUAUAUCUCUCUCCAGCGAUGUCCUUUUAAAGUAAAUCAAAAGUCAACCUUUACUAACAAAGAUCCUUCACGAACGGUGAUUUAAUUUGGAUCAAACUCAAUCGAUUAAGUUGUUUCUUGCGUUGGACCGGAAGUCUUCGUAACAGAGUCCGCUGGAAAAACAAUGGGGAUCACCAAGCUGGCCGAUCUGAUCCGCCAAGAUGCUCACGGUGCGAUUUCUCACAAGGACAUCAGUGACUACACCGGAAAAGUAAUCGCACUGGAUACGUCUGUUGUCAUGAAUCAGUUCCGUGCUGCGACUCCUUCACAAAGCCCCCUGACAGGUCUCUUCUUCCGCACACUCACCUUCCUGGAACACGGUAUAAAGCCAGUCUUUGUGUUUGACGGGAAGCCUCCAGUGGAAAAGACACAUGUUCUCGAGAAGCGAGCGGCAGCAGCUGGUUGGAGGUCAGCCAACUGCACAGGCGCAGCAUCACUUCAGACCAAAGAUUGUCUCCAGCUCCUGAAGCUUCUGGGUGUACCAGUCAUCCAGGCUCCAGGGGAUGCUGAGGCUCUGUGUGCAUGGCUGGUGAGACAGGGCACUGUGGAUGCCGUGGCAUCAGAGGACAUGGACACACUGCCAUUUGGAGCCAAUAUUCUAAUUCGCCAGCUAAAUGCCAAGAAGGACAGUGAGGUUGUUGAAUAUUCUUUAACCAAGCUGUUAGAGAAACUACAAAUUAGUCACGAGGAGUUUGUUGACUUGUGCAUUUUGUUGGGCUGUGACUACUGUGACAAGAUAGCCGGUUUGGGUCCAAAGAGAGCUCUGACAUUGAUCCAGAAGCACCGAACUAUUGAAAAUGUGGUUUCGCAUAUCAACAGAAAGACCCAUCCUGUGCCACUUUUCUGGAAGUACAAAGAAGCACGGAAGAUAUUCUUGGAUGCACCACAAACAGUAGCUCCGGAACUCACCUGGGCUGAGCCAGAUGAAGAAGCCUUGGUUAGGCUCCUCUUUAACGUUAAGGAGGCCCGGGUCCGUCGUCGAAUGGAGAAGUUCCGUCAGACGCGGGAAAGUAAGCGGGAGGAGAGGGAAAAGGAGACUGCAGCAGGAGGUAGCAGGCAGUCUCGCAUGCAGGACUUCUUUCGAGUCACCAGAAAGAGGGAGAAUCCCGUGGAUGCUGCAGACCCUUUAAGCAGCAAAAGAAAGAGGCCAAAGUCAAAAUAAGGCCGCCAACAUCUCCCACUUGCUGCCUCCACGAUUCCACCAUCCAAGUUUGAAGAUUUUUAGUUUGUAUGCUUUCUAUCUCAAACCAUUAACAGAACAUCCUGUGAUCCAGAUCUUAACAUUUUCAUUCCUGUGUUGAUGAGAAAAUCAUGUAUCUUCAACAUUCUGCAUACAUUUUGCAUAUUUAUAUUUGUAUCUUCUGGAACACAAACAAUUGGCAAACUUCAACAGUUUCAGAAGCUGCAGCUUUGCAUUUUGAAUCAUGGUUUUGUAUUGGAAGAAAACUCGUUUCCGAGUACCUUCUUGUCACCUCAUAAUUUAGAGGAAGCGAAAACCGUCUUCUUUAAGUCUUCGUCUCUACAUGGGGCUGAUCUGGUCUUUGCAGCCGGGUCUGCAGUUUCCUUCAAAUUUACCAAGACAAGCAGAGCAGGCGGUGGGCAGCUAUGAAAGAGAACAGUGUGAUCACUGUCAUGGAGUCUUUCCCCCACCCCCCCAAGCCAAAGCUGGAGAGAGGGGAUGCCUCAUCACCAGAUAUUCAAUGAGCACCUGUUGUGAAAAGGGUGCCAAGGCAUAGACCAACAACUUGAAUUUUAAAACAUGAACUAACGUGGAAUCAAGUUUAAAAAAGAGAGACAGCGAGAUGUUUAAAACCAUGUAAAGAAAAGUUUGUAUUUUGAAAAUAUGUGUAAAUAAUACAGUAUACUGUUUUAUAUUUGUUUUAUAUAUGCAAUGCUGUCGGCCAGUUUUAAUUAAAAUACUGUUGAAGUAUA